AUGGGUACGACUUCCUCCAAGGAAUACUACGAGUACCACCACCACCACCGCCACCACCACCACCACGGCGCCAAGAAGCGCCUCUACCUCGAGCCACCCACCAACGGUUCCGUCACCGUCCGCACCAAGAAGACGACAUUCAUCCCGCCCCCGCCUCGCGAGUGCACACCCCCUCCCCCCCCUCCUCCCGUCAUCGUCGCGCCCGAGCCCGUGCCGCCGCCCAAGGCCGAGACCCCUCCUCCCCCGCCCCCGCCCCCGGCCCUGCCGUGCCCUCCUCCGCCCCCGCCGCCCGAAGUCGUCACCCCCCGCCGCCCCCGCCCAUCGAGGUCAUCGCCGUCGACGUCGAGCCCUCACCACUCGCGCCGCGGGAGCCGGGACCGCGAGAGGGAGGUCCGCGAGGUCUACGUCGAGCGGGAGAAGCUUGUGCCCGUGAGAGUCCCGUACCCCGUCCCCGUCCCCGCCGAGCCGCGGUACGAGACGUUUCGGUACGUUGAGGGGAGGCGGUACAGUCCGCCGCGGAUGCUGCCGCCCCCGCCGCCCCCACCUGAGGAGGAGCGGAUGCGCGUCACCAUCUCGGACCGGAGGAGGGAGAGGGAGUACAACUACCGGCGAUGA